AUGGCCACAGCCUCAGUCCUUCAGACUCCAGAGAUGCAGGAAGGACGUCUGGCAGUAAAGGUAGAAGAGGAAGAGGGGGAUUGUGCCUCUGGGCAGGAAUCUGGCCCGUGGAGAGAUCACCCGCAUAGCAGAGAGAUCUUCCGUAAACGCUUCAGGCAGUUCUGCUACCAGGAGACCCCUGGACCCCGCGAAGCUCUUCGAAGGCUCCGCGAGCUGUGCCGCCAGUGGCUGAGCCCAGAAACGCACAGCAAGGAGCAGAUCCUGGAGCUGCUGGUGCUGGAGCAGUUCCUGACCAUCCUGCCCGAGGAGCUCCAGGCCUGGGUGCAGGGACAGCACCCGGAGAGCGGGGAGCAGGCGGUGACCGUGCUGGAGGAUCUGGAGCGGGAGCUGGACGAGCCGGGAGAACAGGUUCCAGCCUGUGCCCGUGAGCAGGAAGAGUUGGUGAAGGAGGAGGCAGGUCGGGGAGCAGCCCAGGACUCAUCAAGCGGCCAGCCCCCAACCUUGGAAGGGCCGCGUCCGUGCAGGUCGCGGGAGGUGUGCCUGCUUCGGGAGAUCGGGGAUGAGGCUGGGGCUUGGAGUGUGCAGUCAGCCCCGAAGAGGGAGCUCUGUAAAGAGAAGAAACGUCUUGUGGAAGUUCCUGAGAAACUGAACGGUGACACUCUUCUGGGGCCUGAGUGUGCAGACACAUGUGACCAGGAGGGCAGGUGGGAGAGGCAGCGGGCCAGCUCCUCGGCGGAGAGACCCUAUGUCUGCGGUGAGUGUGGGAAGAGUUUCACCCAGAACUCCAUCCUGAUCGAGCACCAGAGGACACACACCGGGGAGAAGCCCUACGGGUGUGAUGAGUGCGGACGGGCCUUCAGCCAGCGCUCGGGUCUGUUCCAGCACCAGAGACUCCACACCGGGGAGAAGCGCUACCAGUGUGGCAUCUGUGGCAAAGCGUUCAGCCAGAACGCGGGGCUCUUCCAUCACCUCCGGAUCCACACGGGGGAGAAGCCCUUCCAGUGCAGCCAGUGCAGGAAGAGCUUCAGCCGACGUUCUGUCCUCAUUAAGCAUCAGCGAAUUCACACUGGAGAAAGGCCUUAUGAAUGUGAAGACUGUGGCAAGAACUUUAUUUAUCACUGCAACCUCGUCCAGCAUCGGAAGGUCCACCCUGGGGUGGGUGCCGCUAGCCCCCUGGAGCAGCUGCGGCCCGAGAUGCACAGCAAGGAGCAGAUCCUGGAGCUGCUGGUGCUGGAGCAGCUCAUGACCAUCCUGCCCACGGAGCUCCUGGCCUGGCGGAAGUGCGCUCGCGCCCACGGGGCCAACUCUCGCGACCUCGUGGGGCAGCGCGGGAUCCGCCCGGCGAGUGCCCGCCCCUUCCUGAGGCUGGAGCGGAAGUGCGCGCGCUCCCGCCCGGCUCGCUUCCGGCCUUUGUGGGGCGCUGUGGGCUGUUCGGGCUCCCGGCGGCUUGGACCGCGUGACCCGUGGUCUCCCCGGGAGGGACCCGGCUGCUGGCCUCGGGAGCUGCAGAGCUUCUGCACGGCCGCGAUGGCGUCGGCCUGGGCUGCGCCGGCCCACGAGGAACAGGGUGCGCUUCUGGAAGUAAAGGUGGAAGAGGAGGAGGGGUACAGGAAUACCACCAGACGGGAUCAGAACCUGCAGAAGAACAACACCCACAGCAGGGAGGUCUUCCGACAGUACUUCAGACACUUCUGUUACCAGGAGACGCCUGGACCCCGCGAGGCGCUGCGCCGGCUCCGCGAGCUGUGCCGCCAGUGGCUGAGCCCAGAAACACACACCAAGGAGCAGAUCCUGGAGCUGCUGGUGCUGGAGCAGUUCCUGACCAUCCUGCCCGAGGAGCUCCAGGCCUGGGUGCGGGGACAGCACCCGGAGAGCGGGGACGAGGUGGUGACCGUGCUGGAGGAUCUGGAACGGGAGCUGGACGAGCCUGGAGAGCAGGAUGAAUGUGUCCACCGUGUCCCUGUCCACACUGAGCAACAGGACACGCUCUUGCAGGAGACGGCCCUUGUGGGAACAGGAUGGGAGCCUGGCAUGUCCCUCCCAUCCGGGGUUGCCCGGCUGAAGUAUGAAUCUCCAGGACCUGGAGCCCAGCCGGAGGAGCAAGGUGUUGAGACUGGAAAUAAGUACAGGAAUUUAACUCUGAAGCAAGAAGUGUCUGAAGAAGCGGCACCGCAGGGGAAUAUGUGUAGCGGAUUUGAAAGUGACAUGUCCCAGUCGGCUAGGUGCAGAGAAGCGGACGGAUCCGAAGCAGAAACAGAAGAGUCUUCUGGACACUCCAGGGAAGGUGAACAGUCUGCGGGUGAUGAGAACAGACUCCGUCUGACUGAACAGCAGAGGGUCUGUCCAGGAGAAAAACCUCGUGAGUGCGAGGAGUGUGGAAAAGCCUUCAGUCAGCACUCGAACCUCUUAGAACAUCAGAGGGUCCACACUGGAGACAGGCCCUACAAAUGUGAGGAAUGUGGGAAAACUUUCCGUGGGAGAACCGUGCUGAUUCGGCACAAAAUAAUACACACCGGAGAGAAACCGUAUAAAUGUAAUGAGUGUGGCAAAGCCUUUGGCCGCUGGUCAGCUCUUAACCAACAUCAGAGGCUCCACACAGGAGAGAAACACUACCACUGUAACGAAUGUGGCAAAGCCUUCAGCCAGAAAGCGGGCCUCUUUCACCAUCUCAAGAUCCACACGAGAGACAAACCAUACCAUUGUGCUCAGUGCAAUAAAAGUUUUAGUCGGCGUUCAAUACUCACUCAACACCAAGGAGUUCACACUGGGGCAAAGCCCUAUGAGUGCAGCGAGUGCGGGAAAGCCUUCGUUUAUAACUCCUCCCUGGUUUCCCACCAGGAGAUCCACCACAAAGAAAAGUGCCAUCAGUGUAAGGAGUGUGGGAAAUCCUUCAGUCAGAGUGGCCUUGUUCAGCAUCAGAGAAUCCACACUGGGGAGAAACCUUACAAGUGUGACGUAUGUGCAAAAGCAUUUAUUCACAGGACAAGCCUUGUAGAACAUCAGCGAGUUCACACUGGAGAGAGACCUUACAAGUGUGAUAAGUGUGAGAAGGCCUUCACUCAGAGAUCAGUUCUCACGGAACACCAGAGAACCCACACCGGAGAGAGGCCGUACAAGUGUGACGACUGUGGGAACGCCUUCCGAGGCAUCACCAGCCUCAUUCAGCAUCACAGGAUCCACACUGGGGAGAAACCCUACCGAUGUGACCAGUGCGGCAAAGCCUUCAGACAGAGGUCAGAUCUUAGCAAACACCAGAGAAUCCAUAGUAGAGAGCGACCGCACAGGUGCAGCGAGUGCGGGAAAGGCUUCGCCCAGAGCUCGGUCCUCACCCAGCACCAGAGAACCCACACCGGGGAGAAGCCCUACGAGUGCGAGGAGUGCGGGAGAGCCUUCAGCCAGCGCUCCGGCCUGGUCGAGCAUCAGCGGAGCCACACCGGGGAGAAGCCCUACGUGUGCGAGGAGUGCGGGAGAGCCUUCGGUGCCAGCAACGGCCUCAUCAGACACAGGAGGAUCCACACGGGGGAGAAGCCCUACGGCUGUGAGGAGUGCGGGAGAGCCUUCCGCCUGAGCUCCUACCUCGUUCAGCACCAGAGGAUCCACACGGGGGAGAAGCGCUACCGCUGUGGCGAGUGCGGGAAGGCCUUCAGCCAGAACGCGGGGCUCUUCCAGCAUCUCCGCGUCCACACGGGGGAGAAGCCCUUCCAGUGCGGCCAGUGCGGCAAGCGCUUUAGCCGGCGGACCCUGCUCGGCAAGCACCAGAGGAGCCACACGGGGGAGAGACCGUACACGUGUGACGAGUGCGGGAAGGCCUUCGGCCACCACUGCAACCUCAUCAGGCAUUUUAGAAUCCAUACCAUUGCCAAACCGGACUAA